CCAACGAAUAACACACCUUUUACUCUGGAUGAAUUUCUCUAGAAUAUUCGAGAUCGCGUGUGUUGAUGCGUCAGCACACACGUUUAUUUCAUUUUCCAGUUCCAUCUCAUAUUAUCUCAACGACCUUGCUUCAAUUUCCCCAUUCAUUCAAUCUUUCAGAUCAAAUAUGCAGCCAGAAUCAAGCCUGCUCGACAUCUCUGUUACGUGGAGAGGAAAGAAGUUUGUUGUGCAGACGAAUGCAGGCGCCUCUGUGAAGGAUCUUGGACAUGAAUUGCAAAAAUUAACAAAUAUUAAAGAAGAUACCAUGCGGUUCAUUGUUCCAAAGAUUUCUGGAAGAACGUCAAAACUGCUGGCUCCCUUUUCAACAGAGCAUGCACUUUUAAGUUUGCAGGAAACUUUCAUUGCUGAGGCCAGGUCAAUUAUAAUGAUGGGUGUGUCAACAAAUGAGGUUGAAGAAGUUCUUCAAAAUGCAAAAGCAAAUUUAAGAAUAGCUGGAUUUGAGGAUGAGGAAAAGAGACUAAAACAGCGAAUUUCACAUGGAUCUCGUCUUUCAUUGAAACUUCCUCAAGGGCCUUAUAUAUUUCGUGAAUUUCGCACACUUGAACUUCCAGGAGUAGAGCUGAAUCCUCCUCCUUCUGAGGCACUGAAAAGAAUGCACCUGCUUGCUGCAGAUCCGGGGAUCGUUGCUAUCAUGAACAAGCAUCGUUGGUCUGUAGGGAUUAUGACUGAGUUGCCUCCCAUUGGUUAUGUUGGUGUGAGCCCAAAAUGCCUUCUUGGUUUUAACAAGAAUCAAGGGGAGGAAAUAUCAUUGCGUCUUCGAACAGAUGACCUCAAAGGUUUUAGGAAAUAUCAAAGCAUCAAGAAAACUCUACUGCAUGAACUUGCUCACAUGGUACACUCUGCACAUGAUGCAAACUUUUAUGCUCUGGAUAAGCAGUUAAAUGAAGAAGCUGCUAGUUUAGAUUGGACUAGAUCUACAGGCCACACUUUGGGUGGAGUAAGGAUUUCUGAUAUCUAUGAUGAUGAUUUCAUACCUAAAAGUAGCAAUGUUCCUCAGAAGCUUGGAGGUAACAGGACAGAUCAGCUAAGUGCUCGUGAAUCUUCAGUUGCUGCUGCUUACCAUCGGGUGGCUAAUGUUUCUUCUGACAAGUCGGGAGAAUCUGAAGUAAAUCAAGAGCUGGAUCUUGAUUAUUCUGGUUUUAAUAUGAAUGAAGAACCUGAUUAUUUGAAAUCUGCCUCCAAAGAUAUCGACAUGCCCAUCAUUGUUGAGAAAGGACUUAAUGAGCCUGACCCUGAUGAUCAUAUUAUCAAAGGAAUGGAACAUGAGCCUGACCCAGAUGAUUCUUGUCACGGUAAAGCUGUUGUUUUUGCUGUUUGUUCGGGAAUUACUGAUAGUAGAACUGUAUUUGAACCAAAACCUAUUGAUUUUUGUGAAGCAGUGCAUUCUCAAAAAAGUGCCGUGAAUUCAGCUGCAAUAUACGCAUCUAAAGAUCCUGAUCCAAACAAUUCAGAGACGUCAUUGAAGUCUAUUGUUCCAGCUGCAGAAAUAAAUGUGAUGGUAGAACCAGAUCCUGAUAAUCUUGUUCCCACUCCAAAAUUAUCUACACCGCAGUCUGAUGAGCCAGAUCCUGAUGACGAAGAACUCCAGAGGAUCAAUGGCACUAUGACUGCUGUUUGUAAUCGUUUGUUGAAGGCCCUGGAAGUGCUGAAAAGUGAAGUUAGUCCUAUGCAAACUGCUUCAAUUCUCCAAACUCUCUUAAAAGUUAUUAGGAAUGUGAUUGAAUACCCUGAGCUGGAAAAGUACAAGAGAUUGCGGAAGACUAAUCCAGUCAUUGAGAGGGAUAUUGUAAAUAAUAAAGCUGCCUUGGAAUUUCUCACGGUGGUCGGCUUCAGCGAAGAUGUUAUAUUUGACAAUCUUGGGAAGGCAGAAGCAUACUUGGUGCUGAAGCGGAAUGAUCCUGGCUUAUUGUGGCUAGCUAAGUCCACCCUUGAAUCAAGCUGAACUUGGUAGCUCCGAAAACAGUUCUGAAAGACAAAGCAAUAUUAUAUGUGGAAGUAUACUGUAUAUAGAUGUCCAUUGUAUGUGUAUGCGUUGAGGAAAGAACAUUUUGUAUUGUCAUUUACGUGCCAAAUAGGUGGUAUUCAACAUAGAAAUAUUUUUGGGGAAGCAAAAGGACUACAUCUGAUGUGGAAAUAUAACAGUUGCUCAUUGUACAAUGCUAGAUGUCAUUCUCUUGUCUUUUGGUGAUUGUGAAUAAACUAGUUAAUAAAUAACACAUGAACUGCUUUAGUGCCUGUUAUGUUAA